AAAUUAUCCAACCCUGAUCAAGCCCUAAGUACGUACAUCUAUAUAUACGCCUGGAACUAAAACCCAAAAACAACACAAAUCUGAAAACACAACCGGAAAUCUGAGAAAAAGAAAACUUCCGACGCAAAGAAAUGGCAACAUUCUCCGUUAUGUCAACCUUCGCCGCGGCGGCAAUCACGUUGCAACUACUACUCUUGAAUCCAGCAUCAGCCUCCCCUCACAUGAAAUACAUUGACGCCAUCUGCGAUCGCGCACAUGACCAAGCUUUCUGCGUUAAAACAUUAACUACAAAUCCCCCUACGGCUGCUCCCAUUAACCUGCAUCCACUGGCCGAGGCCGUGAUGGCGCUCGCGAUAUCUCACGCCGAGAAGACGGCGGUUUUCGUAGAUGAGGCGGCGAAGAAAGAUCCGACGCUAAAGGCCUCGUUCACAGAGUGCCACAAGGCCUACUUGGCCGUAGCGGCUGCUCUCAAGAGCGCAACUUUUAAGCUCAAGAAAUCCCCGGACACGGCUAACUACGACGUCAGGGCUUCGAGCGAGCACAUGAGGCGCGUGACGACUUUGAUUGCGAAAAACAGCGACAAGGCUUCAACCGCACUCAAGGAGAUGAAUGUGCAGAUGGAGAAAUUCCUCGAUCUUGCAGCUGGAGCCGCUGACGCCGUUGACGACGACGACGAGAACCUCCACCGUCGCGUCUGAUUUUAAAAUGUUGGGUUUCGAUUUUGUUUGUUUGUUUGUUCACCUAUACAAAUGAAACCAAAUAUAUUAAUAUACACAUAAACUGUGUUAUGAUAAAUUAGUAAUUCAGUUUUUUGAAAUAAUUUCAGAACUAAUGUGGUCAAGUUUUGCAUAAAAGGUUUGCAGUAUAUAUAUGAUUCUUACAAAAUGAAAUGUGGAUUUGGUUUCUAGACCAAAAACGACUCUGGUUUUUUUUUUCAAAUGAAAUGAUACGUGACGAGAGAAGCCAAGAGCAACGAAGAUAGAUUAGACAUGAAAAAGGAUCCGAGAACAAUAAAAAAAUAGUUAUGGCUCAAUUAUUUUUGUUCUUGAAUAAAUUUAUACGUACUAUAAGAUGCUGAAUGACAUUUUUUUCUCUUUGUUCUUUACAUAGAA